GAAUUGAGAAUUGUUUUGAUUUUUUUAGUUUUUUCUCUUUGUUUCAUCUUCUUCAUCGGCAACAACAACAUUGAUCAGAAAAUCGAAAUAAUGUUUAAAUUAAUUCGAAAUAAUCAGAACUCUAUUAUCGUAAAUCAUCUUCGAAAGGCUAUUAAAUCAUCAUCAGGUACAGCCAUUAUUAAUCAAUCACAAACACGAACAUUAUCCGAUUUGGUUGAAGUUUUUAUUGAUGAUCAAUCGGUUAAAGUUGAACCGGGUACUACCGUUCUAGAAGCUUGUGCUCGUGUUGGUAUUGAAAUACCGAGAUUUUGUUAUCAUGAACGUUUAUCGAUUGCCGGAAAUUGUCGAAUGUGUUUGGUUGAAGUGGAAAAAAGUCUUAAACCUGUAGCAUCAUGUGCUAUGCCUGUAAUGCCUGGUAUGAAAAUUAAACCGAAUUCUGAAUUUUCUAAAAAAGCUCGUGAAAGUGUUAUGGAAUUUAUACUUUUGAAUCAUCCAUUGGAUUGUCCGAUUUGUGAUCAAGGUGGUGAAUGUGAUCUUCAAGAUCAAUCAAUGGCAUAUGGAUCAGAUCGAUCACGAUUACGUAUCGAUUUGGAUGAGAAACGUGCGGUUGAAGAUAAAAAUAUUGGCCCAUUAGUGCGUACGAUUAUGACACGAUGUAUUCAAUGUACACGCUGUGUACGAUUUAUGAAUGAAAUUGGUGGCUGUCCAGAUUUGGGCACAACUGGUCGUGGUACUGAUAUGCAAAUUGGUACCUAUUUAGAAAAUGUUACUAUGCUCAGUGAAUUAUCCGGUAAUAUUGUCGAUAUUUGUCCGGUUGGUGCGUUAACAUCGAAACCAUAUACAUUUACUGGACGUCCUUGGGAAUUACGACGUUAUGAUUCAAUCGAUAUUUUCGAUGCUGUCGGUUCGAACAUUAGUGUUUGUCAAAGAUCAGGUGAUCUCUUGCGUAUUAUUCCUCGUUUACAUGAAGAUAUCAAUGAAGAAUGGUUAGCGGAUAAAUCACGUCAUGCACCGAUCGAUGGAUUGAAAACACAACGCCUAACAACACCAAUGUUACGGCCAUCAUCUAAUUCACAUCUACAGGAAUGUGAUUGGGAAGAUGCAUUGAUUUCAUUAUCACAAGCAAUCGAUCAUUGUGAUGCACAAAGGCUAGUUGCCAUUGUUGGUCCACAUACCGAUGCCGAAACAAUGGUGGCUGUUAAAGAUUUCUUCAACAGCAUGGAUUCUGAUAAUCUAUAUGUACACGUUGAUUCAAAAUUUGAUACGACAAUUUUCCCAAAAUCAUCGGAUUUGAAUUUCCGUUCAAAUUACCUGUUCAAUACGGGCAUAGCCGCAUUAGAAGAUGCCGAUUUCCUAUUAAUCAUUGGUUCGAAUGUACGCUAUGAAGCUCCAUUGGUUAAUCAUCGGAUUCGAAAAGCAUGGCGACAAAGUACAUUGAUUGAUAUUGCAUUUGUUGGACCGAAAAAUCUUGAUCUAUCCUAUGAUUAUACAUGGCUUGGUGAUGAUCUGAAUACAUUGAAUCAAAUUUAUUCGGAAACACACCCUGUUGUGAAAAAAUUGAAAGCGGCCAAAAAACCAGUCAUCAUUCUGGGACAACAGAUUUUAAAAUCCGAAAAUUCAAAUGAUUCAAUCUAUUCGGCUGUAAAAUCUAUUAGUGAAAAAUUUAAUGCCGAUUUUAACAUACUUCAUGCAAACGCAUCACAAGUUGCUGCAUUCGAUUUAGGUUUUAAACCAAGUUUCGAAAUGAAUUUAGAAGAUAAUAAUCGGCCAACGGUCAUGUGGUUGUUUGGCGUAGAUGAUGCCGGUCUUCAAAUACCGAAAAAUUGUUUUGUCGUUUAUCAGGGGCAUAAUGGUGACAUUGGUGCAAAUCAAGCAGAUUUAGUUUUACCGGGUGCUGCUUAUACUGAAAAACAAGGCGUCUAUGUUAAUAUGGAAGGACGUGCACAACAAACAUUGGCCGCAAUAACACCACCAUUAAUGGCUAGAAAUGAUUGGUAUAUUGUUCGUGCCGUAUCGGAAAUAUCAAAUCGAACAUUACCAUAUGAAAAUCUUUCGGGCAUUCGUCAACGUAUGUCACAAUUAGUACCAAGCCUUACGGAUUUCAAUAAAAAUAUUCAACCCAUUGCGAUUCAACCACCAUCAUUAUCAACACGAUCGACAAUUAAAUCCGAAACAAUGAAAAUAUUAUCAAAUAAAAAAUUGACGCCCAUGAUGAAAGAAUUGGCCGAUUAUUAUCAAACAGAUAUUAUUUCACGUUCAUCAUCUACAAUGGCCAAAUGUGUACAAGCCGUACAAAAAGAGGUGAUCAAACGGCAACGACAACAACAAUAAUGAUAAUGAUA